AUGGAUCAGCUCAAGCACGACUAUCCGUGGACGAAGACGCCGCUCGUAUCGUGCGGUCCAAUGCGACUGGUGGCGCUCGCAGAUCUUGCGGCAGAAGUAUCGCGAGCAGGCGGAUUGGGCUUUGUUGGUGCGGGAAAUGAUGUGUCGACGUUGGAGGAAGAAUUGGAGAAAGUGAAGCAGCUGCAGGCCAGCGCACAGAUCUUACGGGAAGUCAAAGACGUGCUUCCGAUUGGCGUGGGCUUCCUAUUAUGGGCUGGCGAGAAGCUAUUGUCGGAAGCACUGCCCAUCAUUGUCAAACACAAGCCGGCAGCAGUGUGGCUAUUUGCCCCGAGUGAGAUGGAGCAAUUCGCUCAGUGGACGAAAGAAGUCAGGAAGGCUACGGGAGGGAAGACGAAGGUCUGGAUUCAAAUUGGUACCGUUGCGGAGGCCGUCGAGGUCACGAAAACGUGCAAUCCGGAUGUUCUGGUGGUGCAGGGCCAAGACGCGGGAGGACACGGACUGCAAGUCGCCGCUGGACUCGUCCCUCUCUUGCCUGAAGUUGACGAUGCCGUAACGGCUGUGUGUACGUCUCAGAAGAUCACAAAGCCCGUGUUGACAGCUUCUGGAGGCAUAAUGGAUGGUCGUGGUGCCGCAGCUGCAGUUGCAUUGGGAGCUGCUGGUGUGUCCAUGGGAACGCGGUACCUUGUGGCACCCGAAGCCAAUAUUGCAAAAGGAUAUCGAGAUGCGGUUCUUGCAGCCUCUGACGGUGGAGUCAAUACGAAGCGAGGGAAACUUUACGAUCAUCUCCGUGGCACUAAAGAUUGGCCUGAACGUUACGGAGGACGAGGAGUCCUCAACGAGACCUGGCAUGACAAUGAAAAGGGCAUGAGUCUUGAAGAGAACCAGAAGCUGUACGACGAAGCUACGAAGAAGGGAGAUGAAGGCUGGGGCGAGAACGCGCGGUUGACCACGUAUGCUGGUGCAGGUGUUGGUCUUGCAACAGCCGUCAAGUCGGCUGCCAGGAUCACUGAAGAGGUGCGUGAGGACGCAAAGCGUAUCCUCAAGCAAGCUAGUAGCCGUAGCCAGAUGUAA